AAGGAUAAGAUUACACUCUCUACAUUUUCUUCCUCUCUACUUCGCCAUUGAUACAAAACAACAAUGGCAGCGUCUUCUCUCUCCACCUUCUCUUCUCUCUCUCUACGCACCCCAUCUCGCUUUUCUCCUUUUGUAUCCCAACCCCACCAUACAUUCUUCAUGCCAAAAACCAUCCAGUCACCAUUUCAUCUCCUCUUAAACCCAACAAAAUUCGACCCCAUUAAACCAAAUUCUACAACUGCUGAAACCACUUUCUUUGACAACACAGACCCAGAGGAAAUCUCCACUUAUGACCCUCCAGAGCGUCCUGAAGACUUUAUAGAACCAGCAUCUUUCGAUGACGGUCCAAUGGAGUCUGAAGAAGAAAUUGCAAAAGCUUAUGAAGAGCUUUAUGGGGCUGCUUAUAGCGGAGAGACUUUUCUUGGGAAUGACAUAUAUGCAAUGGAUUCUAAGGUGAAAAAGACUACUUCGUUUGGGAAAACCAAGAAGGAGAAGGCCAAAGAUGGGUUUGACGAGAGAGUGGUGCAAGUUAGGAGAGUUACUAAGGUUGUUAAAGGUGGAAAGCAAUUGCAUUUUAGGGCUGUUGUGGUUGUGGGUGAUAAAAAAGGGCAAGUAGGUGUUGGAGUUGGUAAAGCUAAAGAGGUUAUUGCUGCAGUGCAAAAGUCUGCUGUUAAUGCUAGGAGGAAUCUCAUUACUGUGCCUAUGACUAAGUACUUAACUUUCCCCCACAGAUCUGAGGGAGACUUUGGAGCAGCAAGGGUGAUGCUUAGACCAGCAGCCCCUGGUACUGGAGUGAUUGCUGGUGGUGCUGUGCGGAUCGUUCUUGAAAUGGCUGGUGUUGAGAAUGCUUUGGGGAAGCAGCUUGGAAGUAACAAUGCCCUCAACAAUGCAAGAGCCACUGUUGUUGCUGUUCAGCAGAUGAGGCAAUUCAGUGAAGUUGCUCAAGAACGUGGCAUUCCCAUGGAAGAACUCUGGAAAUGAAGACCUUCCUUUCUUCCUGUUGCUUUGAUUUGUAUCUUUAAGAUUUUGUAGAAAAAAAAAAUGUUUCAACUGGGAUAGCUGCAGAUGUACCAUUUAAUUUUUCUGCGAGUGAUAAUUUGUUAAUUAUGUAAAUUUCAAAAUGCAGCCUUCUCAAACAGGAUCUUUCUUCUCUAUAAAUUCAUAAUUUAACACUA